AUGUCAAACCGCUCUUCCCGCAUUGAAUACUUAUUUCUGGAACUUUUAUCUGAUGACAAGAAAAGAUUACUGCUGGGUUGCGUCUACAGACCAAAUUCAUCAAUAGAUUUUGAAGAAUUAAUAGAAACUAUUGAUAUAAUUUCCAUCGAGUACGACAAUAUAAUCGUAGCUGGUGAUUUUAAUAGCAACUUGCUUGUUGAGCGCUGUCUUGCCGACUCAAUGCAAACCCUAGGGCUACUUCCUGUGAAUGAUUCCGCACCAACUCACUUCACAAGAAGUAACGCGAGUCUGCUAGAUGUGUUCUUUGUCAGCCAUUUGUCCAAAAUAUCUCUCUACAAUCAGCUAGAUGCCCCCGCAUUCUCCAAGCAUGAUUUGCUUUUCGUCACAUACCACUUCGAAAUUAAUCCCACUGUUUGUACAUCGACAUAUCGCGACUUCAAAAACAUUGACUGGCCACUUCUGCAUCAAAGUUUAGAUGAAGUACCUUGGGAAGAGAUUUUCUAUAUGGAAGGUGUUGACGAACAAGUUUCCUUCCUAAAUCAUAACCUUUGCUCAAUUUACGACACAUGCGUUCCUGUCAAAGUCAUUUAUACUAACAGAAAACAACAGCCAUGGUUUACUCCUGAAAUCAAGCACUUGAUCAGCGUUCGAAAUUUGGCAUAUAAAAGAUGGAAACGUUAUAGACUGCCUACACUGUAUGACACGUUUAAAUCCGCUAGAAGAGAUGUGCUCAAAAAGACUAACGAGUCCAAAAAGCAGUACUAUAAAAGGAAAUUCGAAAAUGCAAUUGAUAGUAAGCGAAAAUGGAAAGAAAUAAGGAACAUCGGAAUUGGAUCGAAAUCCAAUACCAACACUGAUUGUCUUUCUAUCUCUGACCUAGAUGAGAUAAAUGAAAACUUUUUGAAAAUAAAUACUGUGGACCCUGGCACAAACACUUAUUCUAAUAUUUCUACAGCACAGAUUGAAGACACAUUCUCGUUUAGAUGUGUUAGUCCCGAAGAAGUCUUACAAAGUUUUGCAACCAUAAAGUCUGACGCAAUGGGAUUUGAUGGCAUACAUCCUAGAUUUGCCAAAUUGGUACUGCCGAAAAUACUUCCAUUUGUUACACACAUUUAUAACAACAUUCUUACAAAGUCAACGUUCCCAACAGACUGGAAAUUGGCAAAAAUUAUACCGAUACCCAAACAGAAUUCAGAGUUCCGUCCGAUUGCUAUCCUGCCGUUUUUCUCUAAAGCUUUGGAACGUAUUAUAAAUACUCAAAUAGAUGCCUUCCUGAGUUUCAGAGGUCUUUUGAAUGAUAGACAAUCUGGUUUUCGAACAAAAAGAAACUGCUCUACUGUAUUAAUUGACGUUGUGGAAGAAUUGAGACAAAAUAUGGAUAAUAAUAUGGUAUCAUUUCUGGUUUUACUGGACCACAGUAAAGCCUUUGACACAGUGAACCAUGAUAUUCUUAUCUCGAAGCUUGACAGACUUUUCUUUUUCUCCAAACCGGCCUGUAAACUGAUUUCAUCAUACAUUACCGGACGCCGUCAAUCCGUCAAUGUCGGUGAUACAACAUCUGCGGCACUUGAUGUACCUAGAGGUGUUCCGCAGGGCUCUAUCCUUGGUCCCUUACUUUUUUCUGUAUACAUAAAUGAUCUACCUGAUAUUCCAAUGCAUUGUAAUGUGCAAAUGUACGCUGACGAUGUUCAGCUUUUCUCCAGCGCUAAACCAAAUUGCGUACAAUCAUGUAUAAAUAAUAUUAAUUGCGAUCUGAAUGAAAUCCAGAACUGGGCGAGUAAAAAUAGUCUCUGUCUAAAUCCGUCAAAAACUAAACUGAUGAAAAUUUUAAAACGAUCAACCACCCAGAUUCCUCCUGUAAGAGCUACUUUGAACAACUCGGUAAUAGAAACUGUUGAUACAUCCUGCAACCUUGGUGUAAUAUUCAAUUCCAAACUGACUUGGACUAAUCAUAUAAACAAAGCUGUUGGUAAAGUUCAAGGAAUGCUGCGAAGUUUGUGGUCUGUGCGGACUUCUACACCUUUUCAAAUUUUAGAAUUUGGACAACAUUUUUUAAGCCUCGUUACCAUGGAAAACAACAGCAUGGGAGGAUGGCCAGACGCACAGCCGGGGAAAACGCACUUGCGCACAUCUUUCAACACAAUGACCAUCAUCGUUGUCGUUGACGCUCGCCUUGCGCUCCAUGGUGUAUGUGUACGUUUGACUUUGGUGUCCAACUCAUCCACAUCAUUUCUCAUCAUACUUAAUCAUCAAAACAGGCACAGCAGCACAGGCCACACCAGUCAACCUUCAGAAGAUACCACACCCGGGAAUACAGGGCAUCAUACACAUCAUCGUCAUCUUGGAUGCGAUGCAAAUGCAAAUGCAUCGUUGCACCACAACACUAGCCACUCAACUAUGUGCCAACUGCAUUGUCCUAGCAAAUGCAACUGCAGUACAUUUGCUCAUCCACAUAAACCCACAGAGAGGGGCGAGACCAUGCAACACUCGUUAGCUAUGGCAAGUGAUAGCAGUGGAAGUUAUAACGAUAGCAAAAAUAAGACGAGAUGA